CCAGCGGAAGUGACGCGAGACGUACCGGAAGUCCCUGCUGCCGCGGUGUUGUGCUGUGGGGAAGGGAGACGGAUUUGUAAACCCCAGAACGAGGUUCUGCCUGCCCGAGGCCGCGGUGUUGCGGAGACCCGAGGCGUAGCCAGCGACACCAUGUCUGACCAGGGUAAGAGAAGGAAAGAAAACAUACAGAAGACACCGAGAUCACUAGAGAUGGAUUGUGGCCUUUUUUUGUCCAAGAUCAUCUUAUUUUCCAGGCAGUUCUGGAGGAAAAAAGACAAGAGAGCCCAUGAAAAGGAGGCAAAACCUUCAACUGAGGACUUAGGGGAUAAGAAGGAAGGUGAAUACAUUAAACUCAAAGUCAUUGGGCAGGAUAGCAGUGAGAUACACUUCAAAGUGAAAAUGACAACACAUCUCAAGAAGCUCAAAGAAUCAUACUGUCAAAGACAGGGAGUUCCAAUGAAUUCACUCAGGUUUCUCUUUGAAGGUCAGAGAAUUGCUGAUAAUCAUACUCCAAAAGAACUGGGCAUGGAGGAAGAAGAUGUGAUUGAAGUUUAUCAGGAACAAACAGGGGGUCAUUCAACGGUUUAGAUACUCUUUUUAUUUCUUUUCUUUUCCCUCAAUCCUUUUUUAUUUUUAAAAAAAUGGUUCUUUUGUAAUGUGUUCAAAAUGAAAAUUGAAUACUGGCACUCCAUCUCUUUAAACAUCUGGUAAUUUGAAUUCUAGUGUUCAAUAUUCAUUAUUGGUUGUUUUUAUUGUGCUGAUUUCCGGUGAUCAGACCUCAGCUCCCUUCAUAUUGCCCUCUUUUUUGAAAAUUUCAUGUGUGCACAGAGAGGCCAUCUUUUUCAGGACUGUGCAUUUUCAGGUUUGUGGUGAUUAAAAAGAUCGACCAGAGCAAAUUUUCAUAAUGACCUUCCAGUUGGCCCUGAAGUUCCAGCAGGUGACUGCUUUACUCCUGGACUGUGAUUUUCAGUGGGAGAUGGAAGCUUUUCAGAGAACUGAACUGUGGAAAAAUGAUCUUUCCUCAUCUUGAAGCUACUUUUAAAAAUCUGAGAGUCUGGACCAAGAGACGAUCAGAUUUGGAGUCAAGAUGACAGAUAACGGCGAGUAAAGACUAACUCCAAAAUGGCUUCAUUGAAGAUAAAGCAUUUUAAGAUUAAAAAAAAAAAAAUCUUGUCAGAAGAUCCCAGAAAAGAUCUAAUUUUCAUUAGCAGUUAAUAGUUACUCAUGCAGAAAUGUAUGUAGCAGACCACUGCUCCUUUUGAUUUUAUUUGUACUUUUUGGCCUGGGACAUGGGUUUUCAAUGGACAUUGUCUGUAACAGCUUCAUUAAAAUAAA